UUUAUUACCUGCUAGUUCUUCCUGGAAAAAGCCUCACUGGAAUUCGUCAUCUGGUGUCUUUGUGGCGACAUACAUAUAAAUACAUGUUGCAAGGAGUACUUGGAGAUGUUGCGGUUUCCAAAGCUGACUUUAAAAAGUCUUGAGAUGAAUGAUGGAGAAGGAAGGGGACCUUCUGGAGGAGGUUUGAAGGACACAACAAAAGAUGGAGGUAGUGAGGUUGAAGUCAGCAGGAUCAGUAAAUUAAGAAGGACAAGAAAGAAAGUUACCAAAUCACACCUCUGCUCCACUCAAGCAGGAGAAAUGAACGCAUCCACAUCAAAGGAGAGGACCAGAAACCAAAUGCUGUGUCACAAACUGGGAGACUCAAGCAAACCUGCUGAAUCUCAUCUGUCACACGAUGACAAGGAUGCCCAGGAUUGGACUACAGCCACAAAAACAUCACCUCCUAAAAUAGCAACCCAUGCUCUGGUUGAUGAAUUUAAUCCAAACUCUGAUCGCGCUAGGAACAGCACUCAAAUUUUGACUCCACCUCAACUUUCUUCGAAAAUGAAGCAUAUUAAGCAAGAGAUGACCAAAAAUCACCUCCAGUUUGUGCGUUUUGAAGCAACAGACCUACAUGGUGUGUCUAGAUCCAAGACUAUCCCUGCAUACUUCUUCCAAGAAAAAGUGGCCCAGGGUGUGUUCAUGCCCUGAGGCUAUCUGGAACUGAUCCCUGACCCUAAGGAUGACGAGGUGAAUCACAUAAGGGCCACGUGUUUCAACAGCGAUGUAGUCCUGAGGCCCGAGCUCUGCACCUUCCGAGUGCUGCCCUGGGUGCCAAGGACUGCCCGGGUGAUCUGCGACACCUUCACGGUGACAGGGGAGCCGCUGCCCACCUCCCCGAGGUGCAUAGCUAAGAGGCAGCUGAGCCAGCUGCAAGAUGCAGGCUUCUCCCUGCUGUCUGCAUUCCUCUGUGACUUCUGUGUCUUUGGUGUGUCUGAAGUUAUCAACUCCAAGGCCUUAUCUUUUCCUGUUCCGGCCUUUCUAGAUAAUCAUGACCAGCCCUUCAUGCAGGAACUCGUGAAUGGCUUGUGUCACACUGGGGCCACCGUGGAGAGCUUUUCCUCUUCUACCAGGCCUGGUCAGAUGGAAAUCUGUUUUCUGCCGGAAUUUGGCAUCGCUUCAGCCGAUAACGCGUUUACCCUCCGAACAGCUGUCAAAGAAGUGGCCAGGAAAUACAAUUACAUUGCCAGCUUUUUCCUUGAGACAGGGUUCUGCAAUUCCGGAAUUUUGUCUCACAGUGUCUGGCAUGUCAGUGGGAAGAAAAAUGUGUUCUGCAGCAGUCCUGGAGCCGAGCUGCUCACACCGGCUGGGCAGAAGUGGCUGGCAGGACUUCUGAAGCACUCUCCAGCCCUCAGCUGCCUGCUGGCGCCUGAUGUCAGCUGCCGAAAGUGCUACUGCAAGGAUAGCAAAGACCCAAAGACCACUGUGCCUGUGGCCUGGGGCUACAAUGACAACAGUUGUGCCUUCAACAUCAAAAGUCACGGUGGGAGAGGCACCCGGAUAGAAAACAAACUAGGCUCGGCCACUGCCAACCCGUACCUGGUGCUGGCUGCCACCAUUGCCGCGGGCCUGGAUGGGCUGCAGAGCUGCGACAGUGCUGUGGCCGGGGAGGGUGACAGCACAGGCCUCUGCCAGGCCCAGCAAGCCACCAUCCCUGUGAAGCUGGAAGACGCCCUCAUGGCCUUGGAGGAGGAUCAGUGUCUGAGACAGGCUCUGGGAGAAACUUUCAUUCGGUAUUUUGUUGCCAUGAAGAAAUAUGAGCUGGAAAAUGAAGAAACAGAUGCAGAGAGAAAUAAAUUCUUGGAGUAUUUUAUUUAGAAUAGAACUCCUAACUCUUUGUUUCAAGAUGUUAUUUUAGCUUUAACAGCUAAUCUAUCAGCAGGAAAGGAUUGAACUUUCAUAAUUAACCGCAAGUCUCCAAAUGCUUACCCUCUUUUUGUUGUCCUUGUGGAAUCUGUCAGAUGAAGUUGGGUUGCUGAGAGGGAACGGUGAGGGACAGAAACAAUAGAAGUUGUGGAGAAGGUCUAAAAUGGAGGCUCAACUGGUGGUGUCAGCUGGUUAUCACUCUUUCAUGUCAUGGGACACAUGCAGGAGUGUUCAGUUGUAAGCAAUAAAUACAUUUGCACAUGAAAAAAGAAUUAAGCUUUAGAAGGAACAAUGACUACAAUAAGGAAAAAUUUCAAAUGUAAACACAGGUUGUGACUGCCAGGGAAACGCACACGUUGCUAUAAUCUGACUAAGGGAAUCAGUGUAAGGAUCUGGCUGGUCAGCAUCAUGAUGGUCUUUUCAAAUGCAACCAGUUUUGCAAAAAUUUGCUAUGAUCACAAGUCAGUAGAAGUUUAUACACUUCUCUUUGCAUGCUUCUCCACCAGCUCUUGAAAGGCUGAAGGACUUCCAGACUAUGAUGUCCUCAAGAAUCGAAUCCACAGAGAUAGAAUUCAGGCCGGGAGUGAUGAAAUCAGGUUGUUAAAGUGACCAGAGUCUUUUUUAAAGCAAUGUCAUAUGUAGAAGCACAAUACAUAGAAGGAUGGGGGACAGACAGGGUCCAGGUUGUAUGGAGUGGGGUGGGCACCUCCUCUUGGCUUCCUUCUUUGAAGCUGGACAUCCCUUUAAACCACUCAUUCUUUGCAGAGUGUGAGAACAACUGCCCAGCUACCCAGGGGCCCCUGAGCAGCCUGAAUUUGUACUUACAUUACUAAUUCUGCGGCCUACAGAAGUUGAGGAUUCUCCAGAGAAUAUUAAAUGUCCCAGGCCUUUGUUUGAAUGUGAUAAAAUUGCAACUAUUACUAAAGUUUAGCAUCUUUGAGAACAAGUCAAAAAUCUACUUGCUAGCAAAUGAAAACACCAAUCUACUGCUUAGGAGAUUUAUGUUCAAUUAAAACCGACCUUGGUCUCAAUUUAGGUGGCAAACAUACAAGCUGAGUCAGAGCAUUUGGCUCAGUUUUUCCUAUUAAAGUUCUUAAUAUUUAGUAUCUUAAAUCAUGAAAGUCAGUCUGUCCCUCACUAUUGGCCCACCUCUUUUCUCCUUUGUGUAGAAUGAGUGUACUUGGUAACAAAUUAAUAAAGUUCUUGAGUGGCUUGAACAAUAGAGAGAAAGGUAGCCCAGGGUGGUGGAGAAGGAAGGAACCUGACCUAUAUCAUCUGAAAAUGAAAUCCCACAGAUUCCCCAUGGGAGGGAUAAGAAGGAAGCUCACGGCAGCUGCUAUAGUCAGCCAAUUUUCAUUUUUCUCUGAUCCCAGUAAUAACACUGCAGUGUGUCAGAAGGGAAGACAUUGUGUAACAAAGAAAUGAUAUUUCCGAGCCUCUACUGCAAUUGAAGGUGAUCACGUGAUCAGGUCCGGCCAAGGAGGUGUCAGUGGAGCACAGAGAGGAAGCUCUAGGAACUGGCUGGGAGGACAGGCGGGCACUUUUCCCUGCCCCUUUCCUGUCCUCACCUUCCAGCUGACUGGCUUAGAAGACUCUCACCAGGAGAUUCCUGCCAGAGGGUAGAAAUUUCCCUUUGUGGAGCUAUGUUUGAUUUGUCUACAUCCAUUUAUUUCUACCUGAAAGAAAGACAAACUUCUGUGUCUUUUAUGACCCAGUGAUUUGGACUCUUUGUUGCAACAAUACACCAUCUUGCUUGUGUGUUUGCAUGUAAGUAUAUGUGCAUGAGCGUGUGUGUGUGUAUGUGCAUGUGUGUGUAUUUGUGUGUAGGACAUUUGUAGGAAAUGGGGAUGAAGAAUAAAAAUAUAAGAACCAGUAAAAAGACCUCUUGUAAUGUUUCUCCUUCUAGAGAAGAAAAUCUGAAUUGCUCAGAGGGAGCCACUCAUGCAAAAAAUUGUAUUCUCUCUCACUCUAAUAGAGCUGUACUGAGCCCUCCAUAGUUCACUAGCCUUCGUGAAAUGUGUCUAGUGCUUUAGCUUGGUUUUAAUACAAUGAGUAAAAUGUGCUGUAAAAACUCUGCUAAUCACAGUUUUUUCAGCCUUUCUUUCCUAUUCUUUUACACAUUGUGACAGUUAACCUUAAUUGUAUCAACUUGAUUUCUUAAAACCAGGAGAUUAAUAAAGUACACUUCUGGGUGUGUCUGGAUGAGUUUUGGCCUGGGGUACUAUAUACAGGUCCUGGCCCCUUCCUCUCCAGCUCUGUUGGCUCUGCUCUGCUUCUCAACCUUCAUAAAGCAAGUAGCUUUCCUCUGCCAAACCCCUCUGCCAUGAUAUUUUUCUCUUGGAACCAACCAACCAUGGACUGAACCCUCCAAAACCAUGAGCCAAAUUAAAGCACUCCUCUUCUAAGUUGGGGGUGUCAGUUACUGCUUCCCAAAAUGAUAUACAUAUUAUUAGAAUAAUUUAAGAAAUGCAAUACCCAGGAUGCCAAUGCAAGGGAAUUAUGAAAUUGAGGAAAUUAUUGUCAUUGUUAAGUAUAAAGUAGUGAGUCAGCAGAAAAUAUUCAGUACAAUUUACAGAUUUCAGUUACUGUAUGUGUGUGUGGAUGGAUAUUCUUAGUCUUUAACACAAGCCAAGAGAGUUGAGGAAUAAGUAACAAUUGGAAUAGGAGAAUGUUAAACCUCAGUUAUCUGGUUUUUUUUACUUUUAUCUGUUCCCGAUUUUCCUAUUGUUGAUGAGACCUUCUGCUGAUGCUUCUGUCUUCUUGUUCUAAGUGAAGAUGGCCAGAUGUUUACUCAGUAUUAUUUAUUGAGCAUUUUUUGUAUGUUGUUCCAGGGGAAACCAAGACAAAGAUGAAAAGCAGAAAAUGAAAAAGUUUUAGAUCUGUGUAUCUUAAGAAGAACAAAACAGGGGGUCGGGGAUUUAGCUCAGUGGUUUUGUUGCCUGCUGCGCAAGCUCAAGGACCCGAGUUUGAUCCCCGGUACCAAAAAAAGAGAAGAACAAAACAUAUUUUUUUGUAGGCCUGUUGCUGAAAAAACUAUUUGGAAGUCUUUAUGGGCCUGAAAAGGAUGCUUUUGAAUUUCUUUACAGAAAUUACUUUCUCAUUUUCAUUCACCAUAAUUGUUCUAAUCAAAGCUUAAGGGAAAAUGUGAUUACUGAAUUUAAAUUUGGUUAUUAAAUGAGUAUACAUAAGAAAUGUAAAUUAAAAACGAUAAUGUUUUAAGACUAAAAACUAAAACAUUAGUGUCAUCAUAAGAAGUUGCUAUUUUCAAGGGCAUUUUAUAAUCUAAAGUUUCAUUUUAUAAUAUCUGAAAAACAGUGAAGCUUAAAAUGACUUUGAAGGUAAUGAAAGAUCUCAAAACUUUAAUAUGAAUAAAAAUUGAAAUAUGCAGUUACCUCUGGAUUUACCACCAAUGCAGAGACAUACUCCAGGGACCUGAGUAACACAGCAGACUGACUUAUGUGUUUAUGAUAGAGGUAUUGUCACACAUAUCAUUCUUCUUGGGCUUCCUCUGGAGGUGUUAGGAUUUUACCUCACACACGACCUUUGUGUGCAAUGCUUUCCAUGGUACAGUUCUCAUGUUCCCUAUAAUUAGUGGUUCAUGUUACGUUUCCUAAUUAGGAUCUUAGUUCCAAAAAUGGAGGACACGCAUCGUCCUCAUAUUUGUCAUUAUAUUUCUUAUUCCUUUGCAAGUGUUUUAGAAUUUAAUACAUGUUCAAUUAAUGCCUAUAGUUAAGGCAUUAUAGAGCACUAUGUUUAUACAGUAUACCACACAUCACAUCCUCAGAGAGGGUGAGAAACAGAGAUGGGUACAGCUGUGAGAAUCAAAGACUUGUGGUUUUUAUUGGCUUAACAUUAUGGCCAUUAGAGGAACUUCUCCAAGUUCUGUUUCUACAAGCUCUUGAGGAAACACAACUAAGUAUCUUGAUAGGAUCAUAGAAAAGAGGGCACAGCAGAGUGGUUCAGGGUGUUAGCCAUGUGGGACCUUUCAAAAGCCUUUUGGUUUGUGGAAUUCCUUCCCUUUGGACUCCUAAGUAGGAGUCAAACCUCAGCUUUCUCUUGCAGCUGAGGCAUGAGACUCUGCCAGUCAGAUGCAGUGAUGAAGACACACCUAACCUUAAAAAUAACUGCAUCUGUAUUGAAAGAAAGGAGAGAGAGAGAGAGAGAGAGAGAGAGAGAGAGAGAGAGAGAGAGAGAGAGGAAGAAAGAAGGAGAAGAAGGAGAGGGACAGGGAGAGGGAGAGGGGGCAACAGCAUAUCCUCCAUCCUGGGGCAGCCUUGAGGGAGACAGCAGGGCUGGGGUCACCAUGCUGCCACACGGGACUGGCAUCUUCCAUCUUGGACAGGGCUGCUGGUGUUGCCCAGUGGUGUUGCUGCAGGGUUUCUCUGGAGCAGUCAGGAACAGCUUCUGGACCUGAAUUUCUGGCCCUCUCAGAUUAUAUGAAUCACUUAAUAUCCUUUAAAAAAUUCCUUCCUGCUUAAAGUAGCUCAAAUUUGGAAAAAGAGACCUGACUAAAAAGCAUUAUUUACAAGGAUACAAAGAGCAAGAAAACAGUGAAAAGAAAGGAGAAAGAUAAAGAAUGCUUUUUCAUUAGAAAACUGGGGAAAAAUUCAUGCUUAUAUUAAAUUUAGAUUAAACCAAGUUUUAUUAAGCUCCUGAAAUGUAGAAUACACCAUGUGAGUGAUUUCUAAUUUAUUGCCUUAUUGAUGUUCUUUACAAUUUUACAAACUAUGUAUGUGUACUGUAUUAUAAGUGAGAGAUAUAAGAUGCGGAGAAGCAAAAGGUUGAAAGAACUGGGAAUCAAAUCCAGGUUUCCACCUUGAUUUGAGUCUCACAGUCUCUAUACUAUUCCAAAAUGGCAUUAGCUACACAGUCUCAGGGGUGUCUAACAGUGAAAAGUACCAUGCAUGUUAAAAUUGUGAACCUCUGGAUACCAAAUAUGGGGAAAAUAAUCAAGGAUUUUCUUUUUGUUAAUAUGCUGCUCAAGUUAAGGUACUUUCACUGAGCUUUAGUCAGUAUGACCACAAGCCAGUCUCAGCAGCACACGUGUGGAGUUGUGCCAGUAAGUUGCCACCUGUCUGUUACCUGUCCAGCCAGGGGAGCUCAUCCCGAAGGAAAACAGUCCCACGGAAGCACUUCAGAACUGUCUCUGAAAAGUAAAACUCUAAAAAUAGCAAUUCAAGCCUUCAAUGUUUUUAUAUUUUUUGAAAUAAAAAUCCCU